GAGGGAUGCUAGGGAAAUGGUUGUCAUCGCGGGAUAAUGAUGCUUCAGAGGGUUUCAUCGUCAAUAUGGGGAAGGAAUGGCGAUGGAAAGGCCAGUCUAUGAGGUGAUGUCAACUGGAAUGUGAAUAGAAUAAGGCUGUUAUUUCACAGAGAGCGAUGGCUUUCCCAAGGAUUCUGCACUGGUGAAGACGUUUGGUUGCCAAGUCCUUCCUCAGUAGGCUUCCUGUAGUUCCAGAUCUGAGCUGUCACUGACUUUUGCACGUGAGCCUGGCCUACAAGAGUGCAUGAUACAUCUAUUUGCAAACUGCACCUCCAAAUUCUCCAAAAGUCCUCUCUGGAUUCUGCUGACCCAUUCAUUCAAGGGUAGACGGGGGAAGAAUUUGGAUAACUGAUUUCUUUAAGGGAAAGUGAACGAAAACCAUCAUCAAGAUGUUCUCCGCACUAAAGAAACUUGUCGGCUCCGAGGGAGGGCAGCUGAGGGAGAGAAAUAUCCCUGCUGGGCUGCAGUCAAUGAACCAGAGUCUUCAGAGGCGCUUUGCCAAGGGUGUGCAGUAUAACAUGAAGAUUGUCAUCCGUGGGGACAGGAAUACUGGCAAGAGCGCUUUAUGGCACCGACUGCAGGGGAAGAAGUUUAUCGAGGAGUAUAUUCCCACCCAGGAAAUCCAGGUCACCAGUAUACAUUGGAACUACAAAACAACAGACGACGUGGUGAAGGUGGAGGUAUGGGAUGUGGUGGACAAAGCAGGGAAAGGCAAAAAGCGAGGGGACAACUUGAAACUGGAGAACGAGCCUCAGGAGUCGGAAGCUGAGAUGGCCCUGGAUGCCGAGUUCCUGGAUGUUUAUAAGAACUGUAAUGGCGUGAUCAUGAUGUUCGACAUCACAAAGCAGUGGACCUUCAAUUACAUCAUGAGGGAGCUGCCCAAGGUGCCCACGCACGUGCCUGUGUGCGUGCUCGGCAACCAGAGGGACAUGGGCGAGCACCGGGUCAUCCUGCCCGACGACACGCGAGACUUCAUCUCCAGCCUCAACAGGCCUCGAGGCUCCUCGUACAUCCAUUACGCCGAGUCGUCCAUGAAGAACGGCUUUGGGCUGAAGUACCUGCACCGCUUCUUCAACAUCCCCUUCCUGCAGCUACAGAGAGAGACGCUCCUGAGGCAGCUGGAGACCAACCAACUGGACAUCGACGCCACUCUGGAGGAGCUCAACGUCCAGCAGGAGACGGAGGAUCAGAACUAUGAAAUAUUCAUGGAUAUGAUGGAGGCCCGCGGGAAGGGCUACAACUCGCCGGGCCCCACCAACGGCCAGAGCCCGUCGUCGGGGUCCCAGUCGCCCGUGGUGCCCCCGGGGGCCUCCUCGCCCAGCGUGUCCAGCCCCAGCACCCCGCAGGCCCCUCCGCAGACGCAGCCUAUCCCGGUGCCCCACCCGGCCGGGCACGCGCCCCCCCGCGCCCCUCCGCAAGCGGUGCCCGCUCCGCAGCUGGCCGCGCCCACGCAGGCGGUGGCGCCGUCGCCCCCCGUGCAGCAGCAGCUCCGCCCAGAGCCGCCCGUCGCCUCGUCUCCACCCAGCGCUGCUGCUGCUGCCGCUCCCGCUCCCCAGAAACGAGGCUUCAUGUCCCGCCUGUUUGGGGGCUCCGCCACUUCAGAACAAACCUCAGACUUGGGGACAUCAGGCACUUCACAGCCCACAGGCAAGGUGCAGAGUGUGGAUGACUUCUUGCCAGAGAUGGGCAUGGACAAGAACUUCCUGGAGGACGGUGGCGCCAGCGCUGCCAAGUCCAAACAGAAAGCCCGACACGCUGCUACUCUGGACAGUGACAGUGACGGCGAGGGCAGAGGAGGCAACCCCCUGGUUUCGGGUUUCCAGGACGACCUGGACCUCGAUGACACGGCGGCGGCAGCGAAGCCGUUAGCGCCGGCGGCCGCCCCGAGCCUGGACAUCACGCUGACCAGCGACGAGGAGGAGGCGGUGGUGAUGAAGCCCUCCACCACCGCAGCGCCGGCCCAUCAGGACAAAAGAGGCUCGUCCGCGGGGGCGGACUUGAAAGGGUUCUCCAUGAACUCUGUGCUGAAGCCCCAACCAGCGAAGACCAAAGCGGUGGAGAGGCCGGCCACUCUCAAGACCAAGACUGCCUCCCCGGCGCCGCAGCGCCAGCCUAAGAAGACAGGGGGUGCUGUGGAGGCCGAGUCCUCCGACUCGGACCAUGGCGGGCCUGUGGCCAAGCAGAUGCUCUCGUUUGUCAUGGACGACCCCGACUUUGAGAGUGAGGAUGUGGAGGUACCAAAGGCCAGAAAGGAAUCACUCCCAGCAGGGCUGGAUGACCUCUCCGACAGGUCAGAUGACUGUUUUGGCCUGACGGGACACCCUGAGCCGCCCAAAGCCAGUGCUCCGUCCUUCAAGAGCCACAACAGUGACAUUGACCUGUUCGGCCUGGGCCUGGACGAGACGCCGUCCAAGAGCAAAGACAGCAGCGAGGACCAAGAAGACAACGAAAGCAGACACUCCGGAAAAGAGAAGAAGAAGAAGAAAAAGAAGAGCAAAGAGGAGGAGGAGAAGAGCAGCAAAAAACGACACAAACACAAGAAGAAGGAGAGGGAGGACUCGGGAACGGGCGAUGAAAAAGACAAGGAGAAGGAGAAGGAGAAGAAGAAGAAGAAGUCGAAGACCAAGAAGGCGUCCAACGUGGACGACCUGGAGGCCUUCCUGGCCGGAGGGGACGGGCCCAGCAGGAGUGGGGGCGGAGACUACGAGGAGCUCUAGAACUCUCCAAGUGUCCAAUCAGGGUUUUCGUUUUGUUUUGUUUUUUUGCAUCAGGGGUGUGGCCACGACCCAUCUGUUGGACUUUUCAUUGUGCAGAUUCAUUUCACCUUACCUGAUUUUGUGGUGCCUAAAUUUUUUCGAUUCUUUCAAACGUCCUGUUUUCAAGUUAAUAUUUCCAUGUUUCUCCUUUAUCACGUAGUAUAUAGCCUCCCAACAGAUCUAGAGAUCAGUCAUCAUGAAAUCAAAUUUUACCCCGACCUCUCACUAGUAAAUCAUUCAGAAGUUUUCCCAAAUAUAAUUUAAUCUAUUUCAACUUUUGAAUGAAAAAGAUAAGUAGAUUCCCAGUAGUGAUUCAGCCCGAGUUUUGCAUUUAGUUAAAGCACAUAAAACUUCAGUAUCACGCUCCAGCUAAAAACACUAAUUUUUGACAGUUACUGUAGCUUAAUAGAACAUAAAUUGCGUGCCACUUGCACAUACACGGAAAUCUCUGCUGAGCAUUUCGUCCAGCUAUCAUUAGCCAUUAGCCGUCUUCCUCAUGAAAAUAAUGAAACAAACCUCUCCGAUGGCGAUUGCUGUUUGAAGACAUAGAUUUGUUUUCCAGAGCCUCUUCUUGCAUUCCUUCCAUUGAUCAAAUGCCUUAACUGAAGCGUAACUCUUACACCAUCAGGACAGAAGCCUUUCUAAAACAGUGUUCUACUACGCAGGAGUGCUGUUUGUAGCUUACAGUAAAACAACAGCCAAGCUAAGCUAAGUAUGUACCGUAAUUUCCAUAACGCUGGCCCAUUUAGAUUUUUUAAACGUGUUUUAAUCCCUCUCCUCCUUAAGCGGAAUUCACUUUGCACGCUGAAAUGGCAGGGCUGCGCUAUGAAACACAUUAUUUUCCAUGGCUUGCACUCGCCACUGCGCCAAGAGCAGCACAAGCGCCAUUUUGCCGCUUUGCCACUCCUGCACGUGCCGCAAAGUUCUACCAUGUUGAACUUUGACCGCAGAGCACUAUACAUUUUUAGGUCUUUUGCGCUGAGCUCGGAGGUAACCACAACAAACAUCCUCGGGACAUUACCUCAACGAAGAGCAACCUAGAAACAAGCAAAGCGCAUGUCGCGUGCAAUGUGAAGUCCCCUUUAGAGGAAAAAAAGAAACAGUACUAAAAAGAAGCUGGUCUGUCCCAUAUCAAGUCACACAUUCAUUUAUAUCAAUAGAAAAAGGUGUUAGACUGACAGUAAUUAGAAUGCGAGUUAGCGUGGCGUCGCUGCUAGCAUCAUUUGUGCCCAUAUUUUUUUCCAUCUCCCUUGGGGAAAAGCUGAUAGUUGGCAUUUUUAGACAUAAAUGCUAAAUGCUAAUCAUCUUCAUCUCAUUCAUCCAGUGUACCGUACUGGGUCUGUGCAGAUUUUUAGCUAGGUUAGUACUGGCCUCCAGCGACUGACAGCCUCAAGCUGGUCAGUGUUUCUCAUUCCGUUAUCCAGACUCAUUCAUGGGGUCAAACUUGACCGACUGGACGAGAGAUUGUAGCUGCUUUUAGAGCUUUCUAGCAUUGGUUGUCCCUGCCAUGGAAGGAAAAAAGAAGAAUAUAUUUAUGAAGAUGUAAAGUAAAUGAAAUGUUGGAAUAUGUUUAAAUCCAUAUCCUAUUUUGAAUACACACAUUUCUACCAUUUCAUAUUUAUUUAUUUUUGUCUAUUUUGACGUGUGGAGAAAUAUUUUGGGACAUUGUACGAGUUUACAGAGUAAUGUAUUCAUGAAUGCAAAUGAUAUGCACAGAUAUUUGUGAACACCUUUGCGCCGCCUGUCUGAACAUGGAGGUCUCCCCAGGUGACCUGUGUCCUUUUUAUUCCUCUCAUGGCUGGCUUGCCCCCCCCCCCCCUCUCUCUUUCUCUCUUUUUCAUUUUCUUCUUCUCUUCUGUAAUGUCGAAGGUUAUUUUUAAACGGUGUGUAGCAGCAAAUGGCCACCAACACAGCCCGUGUCCUGACACACACUCCACCUGCCAUUUUCAGGAGGCUUUCUCCCUUCGACGAGCAGAGAGGACCCACAGCUAAGUUUCCUUCUGUUCUGUUCUGUUCUGUUCUCAAGCGUCUUCCCUGGCGUGGCGUGAGAUUUGCUGGGAUUGUGGUGUUGGAUUGGUUCCCUCGUUAGUGCUUAGCGGAGAGGAGCGAGGGUUAGCCCAGUCUGACCCCUGUGCCACUCUGCACCACUCCCCCCCCGCUCCCCUCCCUCCCUCGGCCCUAGAGGGCCGUCCCCGGGUCACGGAGGAGAAGCUCCACGUCUCGUGUCUGUGACGACAGGAGGUGGAGUGGCUUUCAACAGAUCCUCUCUGCGCAAGGACUCGGCUGUGCUCUCCGCUGUGCUCAUUGGGUGGGAUGUAGUGUCACUGAUGGACUCUCUGUGUGGAAUGAGUGAGAAUGUAGAGUGUGUGUGUGUGGGUUUGUUUGUGUGUAUGUGUGUGUGUGUUUGUGUGCUGUGCAUUUUUACCAGGACCUGUAGACUGAAGCCACAAUUCAGCUGAUGGUUUCUGCAUGCUCACUGUGAGUGAACGGGGGAACAAAGAAAUCCAAAUGUCAUCUCAUCCUUUCUGGAACAUUUGCCCAUCGCUUCGCUUCUCUUAAGAAUCUCCCCCUUUUUGUCGGGUGUUCACUGUUCACCAUGAUGGAGAUUCUUUUUCUCUCUCUUCCUCUCUUUUUUUUCUCAUUUUUGUUUGUGUUGUUGUUGUUCUCUUUUUUUUCAUUGUUGUGUUUGUCAGCUCAAGUGGGGUUCCAUCACAUGUUCAGGUUCCCCCUCAAACCGCACUUGACUUUGGUGUUUGUUGACCACUCCUUUGAGCCUCUCUCGCCCCUGUUACAGCCAUGGCUCCUCGCAAGGGCUGUGCUUUCCACGGUAGCUUACCCCCAUGCCAGCCCAAUUCAGGGGGGCAGGGAUAAGAUUCCAUCGACCAACUUUUCCUCACCGACGCUCCAGGACCAGUUUGGGCGCCACCUUGACACCCGCAGUGUCCUAUUCAGGCCUCUGCAGUGCUGCCCUCCAAAGGCCAGUGUGGGAACUUGUCCUUUACCUCCUGAGCUACAAAUAUCAAUGUCGAGCCUAAAGAACUUCACAUUGAGCAUGGUAGACUUUGGUGCUGUUUUGUCCCUUAGGCUACAGCACAUGAGGGGUUCUGGGUGAUGACUGCUGUGACGUGCUCAGCUGGAAAGCCAUCACUGUGGUUGAUGUUAUUGAGAACUGGUAUCAGCGUAUUUGGAAGAAGUUACAAGAUAAUGUUUAAUGAUGUAUAAAACCUGUCGUGUGUGUGUGAGUGUGAAUGAUCAGAAUGACUGAUUUUUAAAACACAAUAAUGCAAUGUUUUCCGUUCAUUCCUUGUGCUUAAUUUAAUUUAAUCAUACAUUAAUUUAAGAAUGUGCAAUCCAUUCCACACCAUUUCUCAGACCAAUGUGACAGGUUGUGUUCAGUAAUAACAUUUGAUUGCAAAGAACAAUUUUAUUUUGACAUUCAUUGGUAUACCUCCAUCUCCCCACUGUGGGUAUGUAACAGUGUGUUCAAACUGUUUGAAUAAAUGCAAACAUCUUU